AUGGGAGAAACUUAUAGGCUAGAGUAUGAGAAUAACCACAGAGAUGAGUUUCCUCGCCUGGGCCAAGGAUACCUUCAGAUACCCACAAUUAGAGUGAUUCCUCCGGACUUAGGUUUAGAUGAAAGAAGAUUGCCAAGCUUUAUGAUAAUAGUUAGAGAGAAAUUCUUAAUAUUAAAAAGAUGGAUAUAUUAUUUAGUUUAUUCUACACUGUCUUGGUUUUCAAAUAGCUUUUCCGGAGAAAGAAAUGGAGACCAGAUUUACAGAUUAUUUGUUUAUGGGCAACUAAUUAGUGUAAUAUCAGCAGCAAUUUGGUGGGGUUUUUUUGGUACAGUAAUCACAUUUAUGAUGGAGUCGGACUUAGCAGCUGGGAAUGCCAGACUAGUUUUUAACUUAAUGCUCGUAAUAAUGUCUCCAGUAUCAAGAGUUAUUUCUGAAAAGAUUUCAAUGAGAAUUAUCUUAGUAUAUGUAACAAUGCUAAGAUCUUUUAUUUGGUGUUCAUAUCUACCUUUUGUUUAUGUCGUUGGAAGGUAUUUUGGAUAUAAAUCAAUAUUGGAGAUUAUUGGAAAUACACAAUUCUACAUAUUAAUAGCUUUAGACGGUGCACUAAUUUCACUAUUGAAUGUUGUUGACUUGGAUUGUGGAGGACUAAAUUAUCUUUCUAAUCAAUAUGACAUCGAAAUCACAGCAACUCAAAAAUCCCAAGCAGUUUACACUCACCUGACAAUCUUUGACGUUUCAUUUAUAGUGCUGAAUCCAAUUCUAGCAUUUUCAAUAUUAUCUUUAGUUAUCUUUCGCAACUCAAAACAAGGAAUUAAUAUAGUAUUUUCAAACCAGGAAUUAACUAAAUACGAUAACUUUGAUUUGAGUAAUUCAGGAAUUGAAAUUCCAAUUCUUAUUAUAAUUUCAGUAUUUCAGGCCCUUUCAACCACUUCAAUCUUUUUUUAUAAAUUUGGUAUUCCAAUCAGUAAAGAGUCCAGUUUAACUACCAGCGAAGAUUCUGGUGAAUAUUAUAUGAAUGUUAAUCAAGAAAGAGCUCAAAAAGCCUUUGAAUAUGAAAGAAGUGUUGCAAAUCCCUCGCAUAAAUUUAGCAUAAAAGAAAUUCAGAACGAAAUCUCCAACUUUUUGGAAGGUUUUGUAUUCGUUAGCCAAGAUAUUAAUAUUAGAAAUAGGAUCUUUUGUUUAGCAUUUGAAACAGCAUUUGAGGAUGUCAUGAUUUCAAUCAUUAUUCCUUUAACAAUUAUCCAUUUAUCAAAAGAAUUGGUAGAAAAGAUAUAUUUAGAAACUCAGAAUCUCGAAGAUUAUUGGGCAUCGAUAUCUUUAUUCUUGGUAGCAAUUACUUUAGGAUUCGGAAAACUCUCCAGCUUUAUUGUUACUUGGAAAUACCAAAAAGAAUAUAUACAAAACAGAGAAUUUGAAGUCAAUGCAAACAACGACUUUGAGUACAACUUCUCUACAAAUAACCGCACAAUUUCCUCAGAAUUUACCCCACCAUCGACUGAUAUUUCUUAUUCCAAAUUUAUUACCCAGUUUCUUAACGAAAGCAAUCUUAAUCACCUUUUCCUACAAAUUUCAAUCGCAGACCUCUCAGUUAUUCUCCUACCAGUAUCCAUCUCCAUCAUGAAAAUUUAUUCUGAAUUUUUUUUCAUGCAAAUUACGUGCAUUUGUGCAAUAUUUGUGUUUUCUGCAAUUUUUUUUGGGUGUUACUCGGUCCCAAAGAUUGGUUUGAGUAUAAUAUAUCAACUAUUUACAGAUGAUGAAAAGAAGCAAGGAAAAAUAUCUGCAUUUUCCGGAAUUAUUGUCACAGUUGUUGAUGGCCUUGUAAUAUCAUUUAUUUCUUUGAUUCUUCAUAUAACAAACAACUUCUUUGGCUCAUUCAACGCUGGAUUAUAUGUUAUUUCAAUCAUUUACAUUUUGCAUGCAGUCAUAGAAUGGAGGUAUGCAACCAAAUACAGAAUUGACUGUUUGACUAUCAAUCCAGACUUGGAGCAUAAAAAAAACGGUAAUAUAAGCAUUUCUUCCGUUUAA